AUGUUCACCGCAAGAACUCCCGCAUCGCAGCAUCUCGCCCGGCUGCGAUACAUAUCCUAUUCGUCCCGCUUAGCCCUCUCUCCCCGUCGCUCCCAGUCCUACAACAAUCAGGGCUUUACCUCAAGCUAUGAUCCGAACCAGGAGAAUGGCCGAGGCCCAAUAUUCUCCAACAAGGCUAGCUUUGGCGUCCCCCAAUUCUACCCGCGCGAUCUGAAGCGGCGCGUAGACGAUUACGUAGUCGGCCAGGAUCGCGCCAAAAAGACAAUCUGUUCCGUCAUCUUCAACCACUACCAGAACAUUCGCCGUCGUCAACAUCACGAAAUCCAGGACCAGCGCCAGCGUGAAAAGUUGCAGCGACAGAGAUAUGCUCGAGAUCAUAGAGAUCUGCAAGACCGCGAAGGCUACAGUAGUAGCAACAGGGACAUACAUCCUACGCCCUCUGUUGAUGACUUUUACAUCCCCGAGGACGCCAAUGCUCCUCAGCGCGUAAAAAUUGACAAGAGUAACCUGUUGCUGAUAGGACCAACGGGUGUGGGCAAGACGUAUAUCCUAGAAACCCUGAGCAAGAAGCUCAACGUGCCCUUUACGAUAAGCGACUGUAACUCCUUCACCCAGGCUGGGUAUAUCGGACAAGAUGUGGAAGCUUGUAUCGAGCGCCUCCUCAUCGAAGCCAACUACGACGUCAAGGCCGCCGAACACGGUAUCGUCGUGCUGGACGAAUUUGACAAGAUCGCAAGACGGGAAACUGUCAACGGGAGAGAUGUUGGUGGUGAGGGUGUCCAGCAGGCUCUCUUGAAGCUCGUCGAGGGUACCAAGGUCACCGUCAGUGUUAAGGAUCAUCGGUCGUCACGGCCGCCGCCGCCUCCCAACCUCAACAUUUCGACACCUGGCUACGGACCAACGGGCACCACGCCGUCUGCUACUCCUGGCAAAGUUGAACAGUACAUUGUGGACACCAGCAACAUUCUGUUUGUCUUUUGCGGUGCCUUUGUCGGGCUUGACAAGACCGUCCUCAGGCGGGUCGCAAAGCCAUCGAUAGGCUUCGGUGCUGAAGUCAGAAACCACCGCGGCUCUUCCAUGUCCAGCAGUCAAGAAAUUCUUCCUCCCGAGCUGUACAGCCAUCUACCGCACCAGCCUCCGACGAUGCCAGUAGACCUGUCAGGUGGAAGCCUGGCAUCUCACGGCGGUGGUGGCUUUACUCCGCUCGAUCUAGCUUCACCGGCCGAUCUCCAGGCCUUUGGUUUUAUCCCCGAACUCAUCGGCCGUCUUCACAACAUCUGCGCCCUAAGUCCUCUCUCUCUUGACGAGCUCUACCGCAUCCUCACGGAACCGCGCAACAGCCUGGUAGCGCAGUACACAGCCCUCUUCGAGACCUACCCCAGCAAGCUGUACUUCACUCGCAAGGCGCUCUAUGCCAUUGCCGAAAGGGCGGCCAAGAACGAAACAGGCGCCAGAGGGUUAAAGAUGGAGAUGGAGCGCGUGCUGGCAGAGCCCAUGUACGAUGCGCCUAUGCCCUAUGUUCUUAUCACAGAGGGUUGUGUCAAGGGGACGGAGAAGGCCGGUUACUGGGGCAAGGACGGUAGGCUGGAGCUAGAGAGAAUGAUGGCGGAGGAGGAUCAGAAGGGGCUUGGACAGGGACCGGUAGAAGGAGGGUUUGAAAGGAUGAGGGAGGCGGGACAGAGUGGUGCAUGAUUUUCGUGAUUGAUCUCGGCAUCUUGUCGCAUGUCUUCUAGGGGGCCAGUAUUGGGCUUAUCGCCUGUGUUACUGUCGAUUUUGUCUUUGCUUUAAGGCGUUGGUUUGGAGGGGUUUCACGGUCUACGGCACCGUCUUGCGAACGGGGUAAGGGAAGCACUGGUCGGCAAGUUGCCAGGAGUACAGAAUGAUUGGGACACAGUACAUGCGCGUUCAAUGGAUAUAGUAUAGCAAUGGCAUAGCAGGGGAAGGGUGAUUGAGGCAUAAUCAAUGUACAAUAUCGCAUAUUGUUCUUGUCGUAGUGAUAACCUCAAGCUAAGUACUUCGU